UCUUGAUUAGUGGGAAAUGUUUUAAUUUGUUGUUACUAAUCAUUGUACAUAACUGCGGCAAAGAUGUUCUCAAUGUGCAAACAAACACACGCGGCCACCGCGAUCGAAUUCGCCAUUUCGUGCCGCUUCUUUAACAAUGUCGAGGAGAAUUUGGUGGUCGCCGGCGCCAAUGUGCUCAAAGUGUAUCGCAUUGCGCCCAACGUGGACGCAGUGCAGCGCCAAAAGCUCAAUCCCAGCGAGAUGCGUUUGGCGCCCAAAAUGCGUCUCGAAUGCCUGGCGAGCUAUACUCUGUACGGCAACGUUAUGUCGCUGCAGAGUGUCUCGCUGGCAGGCGCCAUGCGAGAUGCUCUCCUAAUUAGUUUCAAGGAUGCAAAGUUGUCGGUGCUGCAACUGGAUGCGGAUACACAAACGCUGAAAACGCUGUCGCUGCACUACUUCGAGGAGGAUGAUAUACGUGGCGGGUGGACGGGUCGCUAUCAUGUGCCCGUGGUCAGAGUCGAUCCGGAUGCGAGAUGUGCCAUAAUGUUGGUCUAUGGCAAGCGUCUGGUUGUCCUGCCCUUUCGCAAGGACAACAGUUUGGAUGAGAUUGAGUUGGCCGAUGUGAAGCCUAUUAAGAAAGCGCCUACUGCUAUGGUUACACGUACGCCCAUCAUGGCCUCCUAUUUGAUUGCGCUGGCCGAUCUCGACGAGAAACUGGACAAUGUGCUGGAUAUACAAUUUCUGCAUGGCUAUUACGAGCCGACACUGCUCAUACUCUACGAGCCCGUACGCACCUGUGCCGGUCGUAUUAAGGUCAGGUCGGAUACAUGUGUCCUCGUUGCGAUCUCCUUAAAUAUACAGCAGCGAGUGCAUCCGAUUAUUUGGACAGUGAAUAACUUGCCCUACGAUUGCCUGCAAGUCUUUCCCAUACAGAAACCGAUCGGUGGAUGUUUGGUGAUGACAGUGAAUGCUGUCAUCUAUUUGAAUCAGAGUGUUCCUCCCUACGGCGUCAGUUUGAACAGCUCGGCGGAUAAUAGCACCGCCUUUCCGCUGAAGCCACAGGAUAAUGUGCGCAUCAGUUUGGAUUGUGCGAAUUUCGCCUUCAUCGAUGUGGAUAAGCUGGUGAUAUCGUUGCGCACUGGAGAUCUCUAUGUGCUCACGUUGUGUGUGGACUCGAUGCGAACGGUGAGAAAUUUCCAUUUUCACAAGGCGGCGGCAAGUGUGCUCACCAGCUGCAUCUGUGUCUGUCACACCGAGUACAUCUUUCUUGGCUCUCGUUUGGGCAACUCGCUGUUGCUGCACUUCACCGAGGAGGAUCAGAGCACAGUGAUUACCCUGGAUGAUGUCGAGGCGACUGUCGAGCAACAAACCAUUGAGCAAUCACCCGAAGAAUUGGCAGAGGAAUCGCCCGUCUACGAUGUGGAACAACAUGAAGCGCCACCGCAAUCGAAAUCGCGUCGCAUCGAAGAUGAGGAACUCGAGGUGUAUGGCUCGGGAGCGAAGGCAUCUGUGCUGCAGCUGCGCAAGUUCAUCUUUGAGGUCUGCGACAGUCUGAUCAAUGUGGCGCCCAUUAAUUACAUGUGCGCUGGCGAACGCGUCGAGUUCGAGGAGGAUGGCGCCACACUGCGUCCACAUGCGGAUAACCUGAACGAUUUGAAGAUUGAACUGGUCGCCGCCACGGGUCACAGUAAAAAUGGCGCCUUAUCCGUUUUUGUCAACUGCAUUAAUCCUCAGAUCAUCACAAGCUUUGAGUUGGAGGGUUGUCUGGAUGUGUGGACAGUGUUUGAUGAUGCAACGAGAAAGGCAACGACUGCCAGACAGGAUCAACAUGAUUUUAUGCUGCUCUCGCAGAGAUCUUCGACGCUGGUGCUGCAAACCGGGCAGGAGAUCAAUGAGAUUGAGAAUACGGGUUUUACGGUCAAUCAACCUACGAUCUAUGUGGGCAAUCUGGGCCAGCAGCGAUUCAUAGUGCAGGUAACCACUCGGCAUGUGCGUCUGUUGCAGGGCACACGUCUCAUCCAGAAUGUGCCCAUCGAUGUAGGCUCGCCGGUGGUGCAGGUGUCCAUUGCCGAUCCCUACGUGUGUCUGCGUGUGCUCAAUGGACAGGUCAUCACGCUAGCGCUGCGCGAGACACGUGGCACACCCCGCCUGGCCAUCAAUAAGCAUACGAUUAGCAGUUCUCCGGCUGUUGUUGCGAUUGCAGCGUAUAAGGAUCUGUCGGGUCUGUUCACCUGCAAGGCAGAUGAUGUGCUCAAUUUGACGGGCAGUUCGGGUGCAGGAUUUGCCAAUAGUUUUGGCGGCUACAUGAAGGCGGAACCCCAUAUGAAGGUGGAGGAUGAGGAGGAUUUGCUGUAUGGCGAUGCGGGCAGUGCUUUCAAGCUGAACAGCAUGGCGGAUCUGGCCAAGCAAUCGAAGCAAAAGAAUUCGGAUUGGUGGCGCCGCCAACUCAUUCAGGCCAAGCCCAGCUAUUGGCUGGUGGUGGCUCGACAAAGUGGCACCCUAGAAAUCUAUUCCAUGCCCGAUAUGAAGCUCGUAUAUUUGGUUAAUGACAUUGGCAAUGGUGCUUUGGUUUUGAGUGAUGCCAUGGAAUUUGUGCCCAUAUCGCUGACGCAGGAGAACUCCAAGGCGGGCAUCUUACACGCCUGUAUGCCACAGCACGCCAACUCUCCGCUCCCGUUGGAACUCUGUUUGGUUGGAUUGGGUCAGCAUGGCGAGCGACCGUUGCUGUUGGUGCGCACACGUCUCGAGCUGCUCAUCUAUCAGGUCUUUCGCUACGCCAAGGGUCAUCUCAAGAUACGUUUCCGCAAGUUGGAGCAACUGCAUCUGCUGGAACAGCAGCCCACACACAUUGAGCUCGAUGGCGAAGAUGUGGAGGAGGCAGAAUCAUACAAUAUGCAAGCGAAAUAUGUGCAAAAGUUGCGCUACUUUGCCAACGUGGGUGGUCUGGCUGGGAUUAUGGUGUGUGGCGUGAAUCCCUGUUUUGUCUUCCUCACCUCGCGUGGCGAGUUGCGCAUCCAUCGACUGCUGGGCAAUGGAGAUGUGCGCAGCUUUGCCGCAUUCAACAAUGUGAAUAUACCGCAUGGAUUCCUCUACUUUGACACCACCUACGAGCUGAAGAUCUCGGUGCUGCCCAGCUAUCUGAGCUACGAUGCGGCGUGGCCGGUGCGCAAGGUUCCCCUGCGAUGCACACCCCGCCAGUUGGUCUAUCAUCGCGAGAAUCGCGUCUAUUGUCUGAUCACCCAAAAGGAGGAGCCGAUGACCAAAUAUUAUCGCUUCAAUGGCGAGGAUAAGGAGCUGUCCGAGGAGUGUCGUGGCGAACGCUUCAUUUAUCCAAUUGGUUCACUGUUCGAAAUGGUGCUCAUCAGUCCAGAGACAUGGGAAAUUGUCCCAGAUGCCUCCAUUCAAUUCGAGCCUUGGGAACAUGUCACAGCUUUUAAGAUUGUGAAGCUUUCGUAUGAAGGAACGCGAUCUGGGUUGAAGGAGUACCUAUGCAUUGGCACCAAUUUCAACUAUAGCGAGGAUAUCACCAGUCGUGGCAACAUUCACAUCUAUGACAUCAUUGAGGUCGUCCCGGAACCGGGCAAACCCAUGACCAAAUUCAAGCUCAAGGAGGUCUUCAAAAAGGAACAAAAGGGUCCAGUUUCGGCUAUCUCCGAUGUGGUUGGAUUUCUGGUCACUGGCCUUGGCCAGAAGAUCUACAUUUGGCAGCUAAGGGAUGGAGAUCUCAUCGGUGUCGCCUUCAUCGAUACGAACAUCUAUGUGCAUCAGAUUAUAACCGUUAAAUCCUUGAUAUUCAUCGCCGAUGUUUACAAGUCAAUCAGUUUGCUGCGCUUCCAGGAGGAACAUCGCACUUUGUCAUUGGCUUCCCGGGAUUUCAAUCCCAUGGAAGUGUUUGGCAUUGAGUUCAUGGUAGAUAACUCCAAUUUGGGCUUCCUUGUCACCGAUGCCGAGCGCAAUCUCAUUGUCUACAUGUAUCAGCCGGAGGCGCGUGAAUCGCUCGGCGGACAAAAGUUGCUGCGCAAAGCGGAUUAUCAUUUGGGUCAGGUGGUGAACACCAUGUUCCGUGUGCAGUGCCAUCAGCGAGGUCUGCACCAGCGCCAGCCCUUCCUCUACGAGAACAAGCAUCUGGUCAUCUAUGGCAGUUUGGAUGGCGCUUUGGGCUACUGUCUGCCACUGCCGGAGAAGGUCUAUCGGCGAUUUCUCAUGUUGCAGAAUGUGCUGCUCUCGUAUCAGGAUCAUUUGUGUGGCUUGAAUCCCAAGGAGUAUCGCACCAUUAAGUCGGUCAAGAAACUGGGCAUUAAUCCGUCGCGUUGCAUCAUCGAUGGUGAUCUGAUUUGGUCAUUUCGCAUGUUGGCCCACUCGGAGCGCAACGAGGUGGCUAAAAAGAUUGGCACACGCACCGAGGAGAUACUUGCCGAUCUGCUCGAGAUUGAGCGCAUCUCGGCCGUCUUUUAAACCGUGUUCGAUCUCGCUCGAGUGAUGAUUGUAUAUUGUUAACUUUAAGUCUUAUUUCUAUUUAUGGUUAAGUUAAAACCUAACUUGGCUGCUCCAAAAGCAUGGUGGCAACAAAGUAUUUUGUUAAGUGAAGAACGUUUUUAGAUUUUCAAAAUAUAUAUAUAUA